AUGUGGAUGGAUGCUAAGGGGCAAACCAAGACCUACGAAUUAAACACUGUUACUUUCGGCGUUGCUUCCGCAGAUAAUAAAAGUGAGAACUUUCCUGAAGCCGCCCUCCGCAUCAAAAGGGAUAUAUAUGUCGAUGAUUUACUCACGGGGACUGACUCAUUUGAAACUGCCAUGAGUCUCCAUAAUGAGAUCGACGUUCUAUUGGAACGAGGUGAAUUGAAUUUGAGGCAAUGGGCCUCCAAUGGUCCACGUUUAUUGGAGAAUCUACCUGAAGGCAGCUUUAACCUACAACUGAAGACCGACAAGGAGGCCACUAUCAAGACCCUUGGCGUGCACUGGAACUCACAGCGGGACGCCAUUGUCUAUACAGUGAAGCCGAUGCCUACUGCUUCAAAGGUCACUAAACGUUCUAUUUUGUCGAAGAUGGCCAAGAUAUUUGAUCCUCUCGGUCUACUUGGCCCAGUUAUUCUUCAAGGCAAAAUUAUCAUGCAAAAACUGGAAGGAACAAUUGCGGUGGGACGAUCUUGUACCAUUGAGUGUUAA